AGGGGAGGGAGGGGAGAGAGUAGCAGGCUGUAAAGAAGCAGUCAUGUCCUUGAAGUCAAAAGACACCUGCUCCGCUAGUAGUGGAACUGCGUAAACAAAAAGGUCCAGGCAACUGUAAACCCAUUUCAUUUUGACACUGAACAACGCAUGCAUCCCUAGACAAAAUUGGUUGGUCAUGUCGCCGGUGCGUAGUUAGCCUACACCUGGCUCUAAAAUACAGACAUGAAUGACUGAAGAAGCCUGCCUGAAAUUCUAAGAAAAGAAAGAAAGAGAAGAAACAACGCUCACCAGUUUUACCAACUGCUAAGUCCAUCCCUGUGGCUCAUGGGUUCAUGACAGUUCUACACGCUGAGAGGUCAUGGAGGAAGUUUGUUUCAAAGUCAAGCAGAGCAAGUCAACCCUUGCCUCUACACUGGCCCAGGUUGAGUCUGAAGAAGUCCAAUACCGCCUGUGUAUGGUUGGCUCACUCUCUGUCCACCCUCUUACCACCAUGCCCAUGCUGCCGUGGAUUCUUGCUGAGAUAAGAAAGCCACAAACUGUGGAGAAAAAUCGAUCAACAUCUCCUUCAUGGCCCCACUCAGGAUCAACCAUUUUGGACCAACCAGUGAUGCUUCACAUUACAGCCACUUGUGUGUGGUGUGUUCUUGACAUAGCGGGCCCUGGCAAACCGUGGGAUCCAUUGCAGCAUGCACUCCUGUGGCAGCACCAGCCACAUCAAAUCACCAAACUUAUUCACAACAGCCAGGAUCCCAGUUACUUCUGCUGCCUUGCACGACAAGAGGGACAUGCUACCUGCCAUGUCUUCCACUGUGAGGACCAGCAUAAGGUUCCUGAGAUCAUCAGUACUUUACGUCAGGCCAGUAAGAGCUCAGAGCGUCUGGAGGAGUCUACUGCUGCUGAGUCUGCCCUUAGUUCCAGUUGUCAGGAUGACAAGCAUCACUGUGACGCUGUCUCCCCUAAUGCUAUCACAUUUGCCAAGAAAUUUGAGGUGUUGUUCUGUGGGCGAGUUGUUGUCGCUCACCGCAAGGCUCCACCUGCCCUAAUCGAUGAGUGCAUUGAGAAGUUCAGCCGCGCCACUGGAGGUAUUGGUGGGUUGGCUGCAGGCAUCAGGCGGGUAUUGUCCCUCCAGCCGACUGCUAAUGGUGUCCAGAUGGGAUCUGGAGAAGGCAACUUGAGCAGGAAGCCAGCGUUCUUCCAGCGGGACCCCAGCCUCCCCUCCCUGCAGGCUCAGGAUGAGAAUGGCCUUUCGCUAGAGCUGCAAAAUAGAAGUGUCACUGGGGCCUGUGGAGUCCGUCCCACCAGCAUUCUUGAGAAUCGCACCAUGCUCUUCACGGUUGGGAGGUCACAGAUAUUCCUGGUGAGUCCUGACACUAAGAAGGUGGCCAUAGAGAAAAGCUUCAGAGAGAUCUCAUUCUGCUCUCAGGGCAUUAGACAUGUGGAUCAUUUUGGCUUCAUCUGCAGGGAGUCCUCAGAAAGUGGAACGUGCCAGUUUGUCUGCUAUGUGUUCCAGUGUACAGAUGAGUCUCUGGUGGAUGAGAUCAUGUUGACUUUAAAGCAGGCAUUUUCCGUAGCAGCCCAACAGCAGGUUUCGCAGACUCAUGGCCAACAGUGUGAAAACUGCCCUAUGCUUACAUUGCAUAGAGUGUGUGAACGGAUAGAAGGUGUCCACCCAUCCAAAGCCAAGCUUGAACUCCAAAGGCAUUUGGCCACACUGGACAGCCAGGAGCAAACAGCAGUGUUUCAAAUAACCAUGAAAGCACGACCCAAGUCAGACCAGGAGGAGAAUGAAUUGCUGGUGUCAUGUCUUAGAAGACUGUAUGAAGAGAAGCAGAAGAGUCACACACACACGUAUAACAAACAGAGUGCAGUUGCAGAGGAGAAAGGAGAUGCUGGGUUGAGUGGCAGCAGGUUGCGUCUGGAACAAUUCAAGAGUCGAGCUAAGAGGUCUUUGACAGAGUCACUGGAGGGCAUUUGGAAGGGCGGUAAUAAGUCUAAAUGUCAAAGUGAAGGAGAUUUCAGCUCCUCCGAUUCCACGCUCAAUAAUAGCAACCAGGACCCUUCGCUGGAUGACCCCUUGUGCUCCCCUCUUGCACUGUCCAGCCCACUGCGCUCCCAUAACUCUACAGGUGACCUGAAGCGUCUGGAGUCCGGCUCUCCACUGCAGGAGACACAGCAGCCAGCCUUCCGCAGAAGGGCCAGCACCAUCGGUCACUCCCCCACGCAGUGCUCCCCCUCAGGCCCCCUGGGACCUCCACAGCAGCCCUCGGCGGCCACCAAACCCAAGCUGGUCCGACACUACUCAGUCAGCACGGACAGCCCACACCAGAGCAAGACGUUGUCGCAUGUUGAUGACAAAAGCACUCCCUGCAUCUCUCCUUCCUUAUCUCCUCAUUUCCCAAAGUCAGUCAAGCUUGCAGUUGCCGGGGGUGACACACAUAUACCCCGCUCACCCAAACGCAGUCUGAGGGGCUUAAGAGUGAGGCUCCACUCUUCUGCUUCUGUGCCAAAUUUCCUGAAGUUUCUGGCUCCUGUAGAGGAGAAUGAAGAUGACCCACAGAGACCAAGUGAUGUGGCUGCCCUCUCCAGCCCCGGGGCGAUGUGUGUGGUUGGUGAGGACAGUCCAAUCCGAUCCCACAGGUACUCCUGGAGGCAGCAGAUCUUCCUGAGAGUAGCCACUCCACAGAAGGGGACAGACACUACAGAUAGAGGAGACUGUGCUCUGGAUGUUGGCGGUGCCCUGGCCUUGGGAGGUGUGUCUGGGAGUGGGCUCAGUGCUGACGGACAGCUGGGAUCUGUGCCAGAGGAGCGCAGGCGGCGGAGUGGCCCGGAGAUUAGAGAGCUGUGGAGGAAGGCCAUUCUGCAGCAAAUCUUACUACUGAGAAUGGAGCGGGAGAACCAGAAGCUACAAGCCUCCGAGAAUGAUCGGCAGAGUCGGCGGCUGAAGUUGGAUUAUGAGGAGAUCACUCCUUGUUUGAAGGACGUGACCCUGGUGUGGGAGAGGAUGCUGGGCACACCUGGGAGGGCAAAGGUCAAGUUUGACACAGAAAGCAUCCACAGUGCUGUGGGGCGGGGAGUUCCACGCCAGCAUCGUGGUGAGAUCUGGAAGUUGCUAUCAGAACAGUACAACCUGAGACAGCAGGUGCCCAGCAAGAGUCCCAGCACUGAUACACCUUACAAAGAGCUGCUCAAACAGCUCACUUCACAGCAACACGCCAUACUGAUUGACCUAGGACGCACAUUCCCCACACACCCGUAUUUCUCCACUCAGUUGGGUGCAGGGCAGCUGUCCCUGUACAACCUGCUGAAGGCCUACUCUCUCCUGGACCCCGAGGUGGGCUACUGCCAGGGCCUGAGCUUUGUAGCCGGAGUGCUGCUGCUGCACAUGGGUGAGGAAGAGGCCUUUACCCUGCUCAAGUUCCUCAUGUACGACAUGGGACUUCGCAAGCAGUACCGCCCAGACAUGAUCAUACUACAGAUACAGAUGUAUCAGUUAUCACGACUGCUUCAUGAUUACCACAGAGAGCUGUAUAACCACCUGGAGAAGUAUGAGAUUGGACCCAGUCUUUAUGCAGCACCCUGGUUCCUCACUGCCUUUGCGUCACACUUCCCCCUGGGCUUUGUAGCCAGGGUCUUUGACAUGCUAUUUCUCCAAGGGUCUGAAGUCAUAUUCAAGGUUGCUCUAAGUCUUCUGGGUAGUCAUAAACCACUGAUCCUGCAGCACGACAGUCUGGAGUCCAUUGUAGAUUUCAUCAAGACAACGCUUCCCAAUCUUGGCCUGGUGCAGAUGGAAAAGACCAUUAAUCAGGUUUUUGAAAUGGACAUCAGUAAACAGUUGCAGGCCUAUGAGGUUGAGUACCACGUCCUCCAGGAUGAGUUGGUGGACAACAUCUCAACCCUCAAUCAAUCACAGCGAACGGCCCAGCUGGAGAAAACCAACUGCAGUCUCCGACAGCAAAAUAUGGACCUAUUAGAAGAGCUUCAGGUGGCACAUGCAAAAAUCCAUUGGUUGGAGACUCGUGUCGAGGGUUUGGUAACGAGUGAAAAUGCUCUUCAGAAAGAGAUGUGCGGUCUUCAGCAGGAUAAAGCCUCCCUGCAGGCCACCGUAUCCCACCUUCAGACUCAGAUGCUAGACCUCGGCCUCCCUCUAGACUUUGGACCUGAACACUACCACCAGGACUCUGAUCCAAACCAGUUACACAACCAAAAUCAGCCUCAGAGAGCAAGUCCUAAGCUAUGACCAACUAGAGCACCACUCCCUCCAUAACUCCUCCAGCUUCACUGCCCACCCACCCCCGAGGCACACUAGUUGAUUUUAAGUGAGUGUCGGUCAAUCUGCUGUUCUUUUCUUUUCACUGUUGUCACAGUGACUGUGGCACUAGAUUACUUUAACUUCUAUGCACUCCAGAUAUAUAGUGAUGAAAAGCAGCCCUGAAUGACUAUUCCUAGAUGUCUUUGAUGGCAUUUUUCACAGAUGUGAGAUGCCUUCUUCCUGGGCAAAACAAAAGAAAAAAAUGUCUACAUGAGAGGACUCCAUGUGGCCUGGCAUAACCCUGCUUUGCACAAGUUCUGUUUUAAAUUAAAUGUAUUUGUUUCACUUUUCAUGUUCUUAUAUACAUACAUUUAUAUGCUCUGACAGCUCAGAAGAUUCUUAUUAAGUUCUUGCACCCUAUUUGUACAAGUAACAACAAUACCUAUUAAAAGUCAAAGGAAUCUUCAUGACAAAGAGUGUUAUAAGACUGUUGGUAUUUGUAGUGUCUUAUGCGUGAAACAUAGCAGUUGAGGAAGAAUUUUGGCUAAUGGAUUGAAUGUUCUGCAUAAGGCUCCUAAAUGUAUGAGUGCUGUUCUUUUCUGUAUGAGUGCUGUUCUUUUCUGUGAAUGCAAUAUUGUAUGACGUUUUGAUGUUUGUACAUGUAAAUACAUUUAUGUUUUCUGUA